GCUGCGUGUUGCGUCAUCACUGCGCGCUCGGUGGCUUGCUCCGCGCUGUCUUGGAAGGUCCCGGCCGGGCUACCGUCGCCUCCCGCCAGGAAUUAUUUUGUUCUUUUCCACCUUUGUUACAACGCGGAGCUCGUGAGGCUGUAAGUGCAGGCGGGCAGGCGGGCGGGCGGGCUCCCCUCGGCGGCGGGCUCCCCUCGGCGGCGGGCGCGCCGGCCUGUGGGCUUCCUCCUAGCCGCGGCCUCGCCGCGUCUACUUCCGGGCGCAGCGCCGCUCCCCGCUCGGCCCUUUGUGUCCCCGCGGCGGAGGCGCGGGCCUGGCGGGCUGUGAGGAGGCGGCGAGCGCUGGGUUCGGGCGACGCGGCGGGAAGGCGGGCGCGCGCCUCUGCGGCCCGGCUAGUUCAUUGAAAGCUGCCAGCCCCCUCAGGGAGGUGGUUUCUAUCAAUAUGAAUCUUUUCAACUUGGACCGUUUUCGCUUUGAGAAAAGGAGUAAGAUUGAGGACGCUCCCGAAGCAUCCCCUCAGCCCUCCCAGCCUGGUCCUUCAUCACCAAUUUCUCUUAGUGCUGAAGAGGAGAAUGCUGAAGGGGAAGGUAGCAGGGCAAACACGCCAGACUCAGAUGUAACUGAAAAAACAGAAGAUUCUAGUGUUCCAGAACCUCCAGACAAUGAAAGAAAAGGAAGUUUAUCAUCUUUCCAAAGUCAAAGAGGAAUACAGUAUAUUGAUUUGUCUUCUGAUAGUGAAGAUGUUUCCCCAAAUUGUUCCAGUACAGUUCAAGAGAAAAAAUUCAACAAAGACACAGUCAUUAUAGUUUCAGAGCCAUCUGAAGAUGAAGAGUCCCAUGACCUUCCUUCUGUUACACAAAGAAAUGACAUUUCAGAACUGGAAGACCUUUCAGAAUUGGAAGAUCUUAAAGAUGCUAAGCUUCAGACGUUGAAGGAACUUUUUCCACAAAGAAGUGACAAUGAUCUCCUAAAGUUGAUUGAGUCAACAAGCACUAUGGAUGGAGCCAUUGCUGCUGCCUUGCUGAUGUUUGGUGAUGCAGGUGGUGGACCCAGAAAAAGAAAAUUAUCUUCUUCUUCUGAGGCAUAUGAGGAUGAUGAUGAUGAUCAGUCUUUAAAAAAGCCACGAGUGGAUCGUGGAGAAGAAUCAAAUGAGUCUGCAGAAGCUAGCAGCAGCUGGGAAAAGCAGGAAAAUAUUGUAUUGAAAUUGCAAAAGGAAUUUCCAAACUUUGAUAAACAGGAACUAAGAGAAGUGCUCAAGGAACAUGAGUGGAUGUACACAGAAGCCUUGGAGUCUCUCAAAGUCUUUGCAGAAGAUCAAGAUAUGCAGUCUGCUUCACAAAGUGAGGUUACAAAUGGAAAAGAAGUUGCAAAGAAUCAAAAUUAUUCUAAAAACGCAGCUAAAACAAAAAUGAAACAGAAAAUUUCUAUGAAACCACAAAAUGGCUUUAACAAGAAACGUAAGAAAAAUGCAUUUAAUCCUAAGAAAGCGGCAGAAGAUUCUGAGUAUGAUUCAGGUUCUGAUGUCGGGAGCUCACUGGAUGAGGACUACAGCAGUGGUGAAGAAGUGAUGGAGGAUGGCUACAAAGGCAAAAUUCUCCACUUCCUUCAAGAUGCUUCAAUUACUGAACUGACUUUAAUUCCCCAGUGUUCUCAGAAAAAGGCUCAGAGGAUAACAGAACUCCGGCCCUUUAAUAGUUGGGAAGCUCUGUUUACAAAGAUGUCCAAAAUCAAUGGCCUAUCUGAAGAUUUGAUAUGGAAUUGUAAAACGCUAAUUCAAGAAAGGGAUGUAGUUAUAAGACUUAUGAACAAAUGUGAAGACAUCUCAAAUAAAUUGACCAAACAAGUUACCAUGCUCACUGGAAAUGGAGGCGGAUGGAACAUAGAGCAGCCCUCCAUUCUAAACCAAAGUUUGUCCCUGAAGCCCUAUCAGAAGGUUGGUUUGAAUUGGCUGGCACUGGUUCAUAAACAAGGACUCAAUGGCAUUUUGGCAGAUGAAAUGGGCCUAGGAAAAACCAUUCAAGCCAUUGCAUUCCUGGCAUACCUCUUUCAGGAGGGUAAUAAAGGGCCUCAUUUGAUUGUUGUUCCAGCUUCCACCAUAGAUAACUGGCUAAGAGAAGUUAACUUAUGGUGUCCUACUUUAAAUGUGCUCUGUUACUAUGGUUCUCAAGAAGAACGUAAACAAAUUAGAUUCAACAUCCAUAAUAAAUAUGAAGAUUACAAUGUAAUUGUUACAACGUAUAAUUGUGCAAUCAGCAGCUCUGAUGAUCGCAGUCUCUUUCGACGGCUGAAACUGAAUUAUGCAAUUUUUGAUGAAGGCCAUAUGCUGAAGAAUAUGGGCUCUAUCCGAUACCAGCACCUAAUGACAAUUAAUGCCAAUAACCGUUUACUGCUCACGGGUACACCUGUGCAGAAUAAUCUGCUAGAACUCAUGUCAUUGUUGAAUUUUGUUAUGCCACACAUGUUUAGUAGUAGCACCAGUGAAAUCCGAAGGAUGUUUUCUUCUAAAACGAAACCAGUAGAUGAGCAGAGCAUCUAUGAGAAGGAGAGAAUAGCACAUGCAAAGCAAAUCAUAAAGCCCUUUAUUCUCAGAAGAGUGAAGGAGGAGGUUCUCAAGCAGCUGCCUCCUAAGAAGGAUCAGAUUGAGCUGUGUGCAAUGUCAGAGAAGCAGGAGCAGCUCUACUGGGGCCUUUUCAACAGACUGAAGAAGUCCAUCAACAGCCUAGAAAAAAACACAGAAAUGUGCAACGUCAUGAUGCAAUUGAGGAAAAUGGCCAAUCACCCUUUAUUACAUCGUCAGUAUUAUACACCUGAGAAGCUGAAGGAGAUGUCUCAGCUAAUGCUGAAGGAACCUACACAUUGUGAGGCUAACCCUGACCUGAUCUUUGAAGAUAUGGAAGUUAUGACAGACUUUGAACUACAUGUACUUUGUAAACAGUAUCGACACAUUAAUAACUACCAGUUAGACAUGGAUUUGAUUUUAGAUUCUGGGAAAUUCCGAGCCUUAGGAUGCAUCUUGUCUGAGUUGAAACAGAAGGGUGACAGAGUUGUAUUAUUCAGCCAAUUCACCAUGAUGCUGGAUAUAUUAGAGGUUCUCUUAAAACAUCAUCAGCAUAGGUACCUCCGAUUAGAUGGAAAGACUCAGAUUUCGGAAAGGAUUCAUCUAAUUGAUGAGUUUAAUACAGAUAUGGAUAUCUUUGUAUUUCUCUUGUCAACCAAAGCUGGUGGAUUAGGAAUAAAUCUGACUUCAGCAAAUGUUGUCAUACUUCAUGACAUUGAUUGCAACCCAUACAAUGACAAACAAGCAGAAGACAGGUGCCAUAGAGUUGGGCAGACUAAAGAAGUACUAGUUAUUAAAUUAAUAAGCCAAGGAACCAUUGAAGAGUCCAUGCUAAAAAUUAACCAACAGAAGUUGAAACUAGAACAAGAUAUGACCACAAUAGAUGAAGCUGAUGAAGGAAACAUGCCAGCAGAUAUAGCCACAUUACUAAAGACGUCCAUGGGCCUGUGAGAGGAGAACUCGGAAGUCCUGAUUGAUGAGGAAAUAGCAACUUGGUGCACUCAAGGACAUUCACAUCACAGUGACCAUGGGGUUGAUGAGCAUUUGUAACUUUUUAUAAUUUCAUGUUGCAUUUCUCAUAGUAUGGACAGCUUUUUGCCACUAACUGGAUUCUCCAGAUAUUCACAUCCUGAAGAUGUUGAAUCAUCAUUUUACAAAGCAGUUUUCUGAAUGGGGAUUAGUUGGUGAUUGUUUGUAACAAAUAUGCUAAUGCUUUAGAAAUGUCAGUAUUUUUGUAAUUAUUUCUACCUCCAAAUAUAUAUAUAUAUUGUCUUUCACUGGAUAAUGUGUGUAGAUUUACAUGUGCCUUAUUUGACAAUGCUUAUGUCUUGUUUUUGCCUGUCUCAUUUGAAGUUUUUAUUAUGUUAAAGAAUGAAGCAGUAUAGGUUGUUUAGCCUUCAUUUUAUUGCUAUUUGAAGCAGAUGUUCACCAAUGUCAGUAAGAACUUACCUGAAUUGAAAGGUGGCAUUCCAUCUACUAACAUCCCCAGGUCCUCUUCCUACUUGUGUUAAGACGCAUUUGUUUGGCUAGGCAUUAAGUUGUUUUCCAGUGGGUAGUAACUGAAGCCUUUCUCCUGCGCUGUGGCUCAUUCCUCCUCUCGUUUUCUUUCUGCACGUGUGUGCUCACUAACCGCCUGCUCUGGUGUGUGCUGCCAUCUCUUUCCUCUCCCGCUUCUGCUUCUCUUGUGGUUGCCCAGUCACUUCUGCUGCAGUUCCCCACAUACUUCCUGCUACCGUACACAGACCGGCAAGUAAGUGCAGGGGACGGACACUCUUCUAGGCCAGCAGAGCAGAUUAACUUCAAGUUCCUCCCCUUCAAAGGAGACUGCAUGUGACUUCACACUAAGGCAGCACUAGGUACUGGGUAGAAGUAGGUCAUUAUAAAUUCUUACCAAAAUAUGAUUUACCAGUUCCUAGGAUUUCCAAUUCAAGACCACCUGAAGAGAAGCCAUUGUUCAAUUCCGGAUCAGUGUGGGUGACAAAAUGAAAUUUAGAAGUAAAAUUGUCUAUAUGAUAUUUCAGUCUUUAUUAACUAUUCCUUUAAAUUUUGCCUGUCAGUCUAUAUUGCUGUUUUUAUUAUAUACCAGAUUCUUUGUACAACUUGUGAGUUUUAUGUGUUUUGUUUUUUAUGUAAAUAUCAUUAUAAAUAAACUUAUUUAUAAAUGAGAGAUUCCUUAAUUAUUGGAGCUCAUACUUUUCAAGACGUCCUGACUGCUAAGGUGCUAGGUAAGCUGUUAGAAGGUUGAUAGGAUCUUACAGAAGGUUGAUAGGAUCUUACAGUGCUUUUUUUUUUAGGUACCCAAGACUCAGAACUCCUGACUUAGUAGAUAUAGUUUUGAUGCUGUAUGAAUAUAUCAGAUACAUCAGCACUACAGGGCUACCAGGAAUCUGCAGGUGUCCAUGCUACCUCCUGAUCACAGUACCCAGGUCACUUAGCAAGUUGUUGGGAAACAUACCUCUUAAAGCCACGGUGAAUUUAUUAAUUUUUCUGUAUGAAUGUAUCUCCCACAGUAGGCUCUUUUGUUGUGUUAUAUUCAUAUUUCUUCUAAUGAAAUGUAGUUGGAGUCUCCCUGUAAUAUUCUGUUAUUAUGUCUCGGGCUUAAUAAAAAUAUUUGUGAUCAUUAAGUUGUAUUUCACAACCUUUGUAAUAGUUUCUAAC